GGGGGAAAAGGAGGGGACGAGACUGGUGGAGGUCCUUUGCGAAGUGUCCCGUAUCUCCCCGGUGUGCCGUGCGGAGGCUGGCUGGCUGGCUAGCUGGCGGGCGAUUCGCCUUCUCGGGUCUCCUGCAACAGGCGGUCUCUGCAGCUUCCCCGCUUAAAUCGGAGAUGUCAUAUUUGUCCAACAGAGAGCACCGAUGGAGAGUUACCUUCCUCAAAGUAAGCCCUAGUCUUUUUGAGCCUAUGGUUAAUAAGCUCACAUCCUGGGGCCAGCUGGCACACCGCAGAGGUUCUCACGGCUUCUUGCUCCAUAUUUCAAGAUCAUGAAACAUGUUAACAGAUUACUGUAAUAGGCGCUGAGCAGAAUGAAGCAGUAUCCAUACAGUCUCCUGGUCUUCUAUUUGUGAGAAAUCAGGUCCAAAAAGAAACAGGCCACAAAUGAAGAGGAGCGAAGAAUAUACUUGUGUCACCCAUAUACCAUCUUCUCCAUGAGAGAAACCUAAAGAGGCACACUUUGGAUGACUCUGAUAGCCUUUCUACAAACUGAGACGGUUUUCCUCGCUUAUUUGCAGACGUCUUUGUGUGGCUUUAUGGCUAUUUCAUUAAAAACCCAGGAGAAACUAAGAACAAAAUCUUUGGUUCACUAUUUAACCUUGUUGCAGCAAGCACCCAGCACAGUAUGGAGAACAUCAAAGAGGACAUGUGUCUAUAAAUGGAACAGAUGCCAAUCAUGCAAUGGAAGAAAUGUGGAUUUUCAAACAUGUUCUUCAGUCUAGAGUUUCCUUCCUGAAUCUGCAUUUCAGAUUCUCAUUUUGGUUUUUUGUCAGCAACACAGAAAUAAAAUUUCUUGCAACAUUAUCAAACAUUUGAUUUUGGCAGAGUGACAGGACAGAGUGAAGCACAAAUAUUGGAUGAUCAUUAACCAGCAUAAAAAAUGGGCUUGCCCUCUGGGAACUUCUCUGACUGCCUAAACUGUACCCAGACUGUGGAUCCAGUGGACGUUUCUAAGGCAAUAUUCCUGGGGGUUAUCUUUGGGGGGCUGAUCAUUUUUGGGGUUCUGGGCAACAUUCUGGUUAUCCUUUCAGUAGCCUGCCACAGGCACCUACAGAGUGUAACUCAUUACUACAUUAUCAACUUGGCCGUGGCUGAUCUCCUCUUGACUUCUACCGUUCUCCCUUUCUCUGCUAUUUUUGAGAUAUUGGGUUACUGGGUUUUUGGGAGAAUUUUCUGCAACAUCUGGGCAGCUGUCGAUGUUAUGUGCUGUACAGCUUCUAUCAUGAGUCUCUGUGUCAUCUCUAUAGACAGAUACAUUGGGGUAAGCUACCCACUAAGAUAUCCAGCCAUAGUGACUGAAAAGAGGGGUCUCCUCGCCUUGCUGUGUGUCUGGGCACUCUCUGUGGUGAUAUCCAUAGGGCCCCUCUUUGGAUGGAAGCAACCAGCUCCUGAUGAUGAAAAAAUAUGUCUUAUCAACACUGAUCCUGGUUAUGUGUUGUUCUCUGCUCUUGGCUCAUUCUACCUCCCCUUAAUUAUCAUACUGGUGAUGUACUGCCGAGUGUAUGUGGUGGCCAAAAGGGAAAGCAAAGGACUUUCUUGUGGCCUGAAAACUGAGAAGUCCCAUUCAGAAGAAGUGACUCUCCGCAUCCAUCGUAAGAACACCACAGACACCAGCAGAUCUACCCCCAGCACAAAGCACAAAUCCAAUUUCUCCGUGAGGCUCUUGAAGUUCUCCAGAGAGAAGAAAGCAGCCAAGACCCUGGGGAUUGUUGUGGGAUGCUUCAUACUGUGCUGGCUUCCUUUCUUUUUAAUCAUGCCCAUUGGUUCCUUCUUUCCUGCUAGCAAGCCCUCAGACACGGUUUUUAAAAUUGCAUUUUGGCUUGGGUAUCUGAACAGCUGCAUCAACCCCAUCAUCUACCCAUGUUCAAGUCAAGAGUUUCAAAAGGCAUUCCAAAAUGUCUUGAGAGCUCAGUGUCUUCAACGAAAGCACUCAGCCAAUAAGUACUCUCUUAGCUUCAAUCUCAACCAUCCAAGCAGCCAUGUGGCAGAACCUCCAAAGGACAUUGUCCGCAUUCCUGUUGGGUCCGGAGAAACCUUCUACAAGAUUUCCAAAUCGGAUGGUGUCUGUGAGUGGAAGCUUUUUUCAGCCAUGCAAAGCAUGUCGACCAAAAGCAGCAGCACCUCUAAAGACAAGUCCAGCUGUGCUACAGCCAAAGUGAAAAGCAAAGGCUUCCUGCAGGUGUGCUGUUGUGCAGGCGCAUCAGGAAACACCCCCCAGGAGGACAGGAAGGUGCCAGCCAUUAAAAUACACACCAUCUCCAUUAGUGAUAAUGGGGAAGAUGUCUAAAAGGCCUCCAUCAUUUUGAUGGCGAUGGCAGAGGUUUACGGAGAAUGGUUGAAUUCUGGGCAACCUGAGGAGGAAGCAACUAGUUCUAGUGGGAAUAAGGAAGGGAAGCAUCAACCAGAGGCACCUGCUAAUGCUGUGGCAGUAGCACAUGGUCCAUGAGCUUUGAUUGAAUUCCCUGAGGGUGGAAAUGAUUAGGAGAACUUGGUCCAAGGUGUUUUCAGUCCCACUGUGAUCCAAGGGAAUUGGAAAUAAACCUACUUGGGACCAGACUCCUUGAAACGAUUCUGUUAUUCCCUAACUAUUUAAAAAAAUAGUUGUGAUUAAUUUUAUUUCAUUUUGAAUUGCUUAGCAAUUCUAUUCUUAGAGUUCAGCUGAAGAAAAACAGCAUUGUAAUAUAUGUUACAACAGAGAAUGAUUAAUAUACAUUAUUGAUUUCAGCCAAGGUACCUUAGGGAUGGCUGCACAUUUGGGUCACUGAGUAAUUUUGUAUUUUAAAAGUGCAACUUUGACUAGGCAGCAGGGUAAGUAAUAGAGAAGGGUUUGGGCAAAAUGUGAAACUUGGGAAGACUUGCUUU